GCAAAAGACUAGUCAAAUAGCAACGUAUCGGCAGCGCGCUUCGUGGGCUUCUGAAAAUAGAACAGAAAUAGUUAAAUAUAAAUAUAAAAAUCAAAAACUUUUUUGUUUGUAUAAAAUUGGAAUUUUUUAAUCUUAUUUAAUAUAAAUUACGUGAGAUCUCGUGAAGGAUCGGCACUUCGUAAUUACUUUAUAAAUUUGAUCUUGACAGUGAACGAUGGGAAUCCGGUUGAAUAUUUACAUAUUUUUGGUGAUUAUGACAACACUUCGGCUACAUUUUGUUACAGCUGCAACAAGCGGUGACUCCUGCCUUACGCCAAGUGCCAUGUCUGGAUCUUGCAUUAACUUGGAGGAAUGUCGCUACCUCUACGAAUUGGUGCUAGAUCCAAAUCUUUCGCGAAAUGAUCGUAUGUAUUUGCGCAGUAGCCAGUGUGGAUAUAAAAAUGGCAAAGUACUGAUAUGUUGUCCACCAAAUUAUCUAAAGCUGAGCGCUACUACAACUCCCCGUCCAGUACAAGCUGUCGCUGAAAUGGUUUUCCCAGAAUCGGUUGCUUUAAAGGCAUCUGCAACCACCACCUCUUCCAGCGUCAACAUUAAGGUCAACAAUUCAAAUUUACUACCAACUUUUCCGCAAUGCGGAAAAAUGCUUGAGAAUCGUAUUUAUGGUGGCACCGAGACGGCGAUAGAUGAAUUUCCUUGGCUGGCCUUGUUGGAGUACACCAACCGUAAUGGUGGAAAAGGGUUUCAUUGUGGCGGAGUAUUAAUAAACAAUCGAUAUGUGUUAACAGCGGCGCAUUGCGUUUUUGAGAAAGACAUUCCAUUUGGUUGGCGUUUGACCAGUAUACGUUUAGGCGAAUGGGACACACGCACAGAUCCCGAUUGCACAGCGGAUGGUUGUGCACCCAAGUAUAGAAGUAACGACAUUGAACGGAUCACAACACAUCCAGGUUAUGGAAAACAUAAUGAUCCUAACGACAUUGCUUUGGUACGUCUCACAGCGUCGGUGCCAUUCAGUGAUUAUAUCCAACCAAUUUGUUUACCGAGAUCACCAAGUCUUCGUAAUGCUACAUUCUUAACUUACGUAAUGGAUGCGGCCGGUUGGGGUAAAACUGAGAAGACAAAUAAUAAUCCCGUUAAAUUGAAAACUACAAUUAAGAUUAAAGACUUCAGCGGAUGUGUAGACAAAUAUUCUGUUUUAUAUAAUAUACCUUUGCAGAGUUCACAAUUGUGUGCCGGUGGUGACGGAGGCAGCGAUACUUGCAGCGGCGAUUCUGGUGGUCCACUAAUGUUUCAAGAUAUCGUAAAUGGUAGAUCAGCUUAUUUUGUGGCGGGUAUAGUAUCGUUUGGUCCAAGUUUAUGCGGUGUUGCAAAUUGGCCGGCGAUUUACACCAGAGUUGGUGCUUUCAUAGAUUGGAUUGAGAGCAAUAUAGAACAAUUCUAUUUUCCCAAUGAGUAUGCUGAUGUACCCAACUUUGGACGCUGUAUCACGCCGAAUCGUGAGCGGGCGCUAUGUCUCAUCCUCGACGAUUGCAAAUAUUUGUACAAUUUGCUGCUCCAAGCGCCGCUCCCCGAUUCGGAUAGAUUAUAUUUGAGUCGGAGUCAAUGCGGUUAUCAAAAUGGCAAAGUAUUGAUUUGCUGUCCCGAUCGUUAUCGAGAUUACAUUAACGUACCAUCGAUACAAUCCACCACCACACCGCCACCGGCCGCGCCGAGUAAUCUAUUGCCACAGCCCGGCCAAUGUGGCAAUGUGCUGUCGAAUCGUAUUUAUGGCGGCAAUGUUACCAAAAUCGAUGAAUUCCCAUGGAUGGCCUUAAUUGAAUACACGAAACCUGGCGGUAACAAAGGACACCAUUGUGGCGGCUCGCUAAUCACUUCACGUUACGUGAUCACAGCUUCGCAUUGCGUAAAUGGUCCGGCUAUACCCAAAGACUGGAGAUUAAGCGGCGUACGGCUUGGUGAAUGGGAUACGACCACCAACCCCGAUUGUGAGAUUGAUGUGCGUGGCGAAAAGGAUUGCGCGCCAUCCUAUAUGGAUGUGGCUGUGGAAAAGACAAUUCCACACCCGGAAUAUGUACCGAACUCUAAGAAUCAAAUUAACGAUUUAGCGCUGUUGCGUCUCAAUCGAAAUGUGCAGUACACCGACUUUAUACGACCCAUUUGUCUGCCGAACAGCCCCAAUCUACGUACGACUACUUUCGAUGGUAUUGUCAUGGAUGUGGCGGGUUGGGGUAAGACCGAAAAGGAUUCGGUUAGUACGUUGAAACUGAAAGCCGAGGUCGCCGGUGUACCGCUGAGCAAAUGUUAUGACCGUUAUGCAACGGAAAAUAUACUAUUGGAAUCAUCACAAAUGUGCGCUGGCGGCAAAGCGGGCGUGGAUUCCUGUCGUGGCGACUCUGGCGGUCCAUUAAUCAGUUUGGAUAAUACGAAGAAAGCGUUGUCCUAUUACUUUUUAGCCGGCGUCGUGUCAUUUGGACCGACCCCCUGCGGUUUGGAGGGUUGGCCGGGUGUUUACACUAGAGUUGGCGGCUUUAUAGAUUGGAUUCAAACAACCAUUCAACCUUAGUCUACACAGUACUAAAUAUUAUUAAUAAGUUUCUUAUUAUAUAUUGCUGAUAUUACCUUAAUUAUAUACAUACGUACAUAUAUACU